AAAGUUUCUAAUGCCAGUUAACUUCAGUGUUUAUUUAAUUGUUUUUAUUUUUUAGGAGCGAGAAAGAGACAGUACAAGUAGGAAGUGGUGGAGUCAACUUGAUCAACAAUGCGUGGUGGUUACUGGUACUGGUUAUUGCCAGCUGAAUGGAGUGGGGACAUAUAAUAAUAGGGAUACUGGACCCAGUGCUUCGACAAUCGACACAUGCCGCGACCACCUUUCAAAAGGAAAUACACGACUCCCGGUGGUCACUUACGCUAACAUACGGAUGUCUGAUUGUUUUAAAAAUUUGCUAUAAUUAUUUUAAUUGGUUUGUUGUUUUUUCGUUUUGUUAAACUCUGUUCUGGUUCGGGAUUGUUUACUAAUUGACGAAACAUGGAGUUUGACAGAAGAUUUUUAAAUGUCUUGAUGCUGAGCUUCGGGUUCAUGCUCGUUUUUACUGCUUUCCAAACAAUGGGCAAUAUUGAAAAAACAGUGUUGGAGAGCAUUAAAAACGAGGACUCAAGCUUCAGCGGAGAUGGUUACACAAGCUUAGCAAUAAUCUAUGCAGCACUAGCAAUAUGCAACUGGAUGGCGCCUUCAUUCAUCUCAAUAACCGGUCCCAGGGUAGCAAUAUUCGUGGGGUCAUGCUGCUACGCCUUUUUCAUCGCUUCCUUCCUGAGCCCAAGCGCGACAUUCCUCUACACGGCGUCAGCGAUCCUCGGAUUCGGAGGAUCGCUAAUUUGGACUGGUCACGGUCAGUAUCUAACGGAGAACAGCGAUUCCGAAACCAUGUCACGUAACGCUGGUGUUUUCUGGGCAAUCUUCCAGUCGUCGUUGUUCGCGGGUAAUUUAUUCGUCUACUUCAUGUUCACUGAGCCAACAAUUGAAGGCUCUACUCGGCACCUGGUCUUCUGGGUGCUGACGGGCUUGUCAGUCGUCGGGGCGUCACUCCUGGCCUUCCUGAGACGGCCCCCGUUGCUGCUUUCGCUCGGAGAGGCGGAAGGCGUCUCACACGCGGACAAAGAGCUGGCGAUGCCCGAGCCUCAAGGACAGAAAGGAUGCACUGCUGCUUGGAAUGCAUUCAAGGACGCGUUGAAACUGUUCACGACUCGGAAGAUUCUGCUGCUGUCGUUGACAUUUAUCUACACCGGUCUGGCGCUCACAUUCUUCUCGGGCGUCUACUCGUCGAGCAUCGGCUUCACCGAGGCCAUGGGUGAGAAGCGGAAGAGCCUUGUCGGGCUAUCGGGAAUUUGCAUCGGCAUUGGCGAAGUCGUCGGUGGAGCUAUCUUCGGAAUGCUCGCUUCCAGAGCUGGCCCCAUUGGCAGAUGCACCGGCUGGCCCGUGGUCGUCAUCGGGUUUUUUGUCACUCUCUUUGCCUACGUUUCUAUACUUCUCAAUUUGCCUAACGAUUCCCCCUUCAGCGACACCAAUCAAACAGGUUUCAUCAAACCCGUACCAGUUUUAGCAAUGAUUGGGAGUCUUACGCUCGGAUUCGGCGACGCUUGCUUUAAUACUCAAAUCUACUCGCUCCUGGGAGUUCUUUACGCUAAAGAGAGCGCUCCAGCUUUCGCGCUCUUUAAAUUCUGUCAAUCUGUCGCUGCUGCGGUUAGUUUUGUUUAUAGCAGCUACAUUGGGUUACACGCCCAAUUGUCCAUACUCAUUUUUUCGAUGGUUCUUGGAACCGCCGCGUUCUGUUUCAUUGAUCGGAGAUACUCUAAUAGGAAGAGCACUGAUUAUACUGAAACUGAUACCACCUUGGGUAAUAGUGUAAGUAAUGACGAAUCGUAAGUGUUCAGGCAAAAAAAAUUAAUUUGAACCAAGUGAAUUAUUUUUUUUUUUUUUUAUAUUAAAAUAAGCAA